AUGUGUGAUGAUCACCGCGGCCCACAAUUUCAACCGUCGUGUCCCAUCGCUGCAGCAUGGGUUGCUAACUCCGACUUUGGAUCCAACCUCCCCAAGGAACUACGAUUCCAGAUCGAAGAGUAUGAGUUAGACAAUGCUACUGCAGUAGAUGAGUUUGUCCUCCUCAUGAAGAUGGUCAGUACCACUCUGCUGCUCGGCCUCCUUGUUGCCAUUCUGUGUCCCCUCUGCACCAUGAUCGCAGAUCAUCGCUACGAGAAGCGGAAGUUGCAGAAGCAUCGAGAAAAGCAGAAGGCCAUCGAAAGCUUGCUAACUCUCAAACUAGAUGUGGAGAAGGAGGCGAAGGCUAGAACAGCAGCAGCGACGGAAAAUGCCGAUGAAGGCGAACGGGCGACCGCACCUUCAGUUUCCAGGCACACGCGUAGCGCACGCCAAUCGAUGGCCAUGAUCAGCGAUAUUAUGCGAGCGCAGGCGCUAAAAAGGGCCAGCAGUCAUACCCUGGGUGAAGUUGGGCCUAGAGGCCGCCCUACGGAGGCUAUGGGCGGCAAUACAAGCGAAAAAACAAUGUCAGGCCGCAAGACAGAAUUCCUCUUACUUCUCGUCUCCCAGCUACUCCUUCUGUUUCUGCUUAUCGUAUUCCUAUUCCACCUACCCUUCCUCCUUCUCCUCCCUCCCCACUGCCUCCUACCUCCCACUCCUGCCCUUAAUUCCCCAUCCCCUUCUGAUCUUGAUCUCUUCCUGUUCAUCCCCGACUCGCCAACUUGCCCCGCCUCCUCCUCUUCCGGCCCGUCAUACUUUAAAUUUGUGCUUAGUCGAUUUUCUCUAAACACCAUGACCCUGCGCGUCCUUUUAUCUUUUACUCCAAGUGAUGAGAUGUUGGAGAACAGGCCCGAAAGGAAAAGCAGCUAUUGCAGGGUCUCCCUCGCCUCAGAAAGUCACCCCCUCCCUCGGCAUGGGGAUACAACGUCCAACCAGAACUUUCGAACUCACAUAAUGCAGCCAUCAAACCACCGCUCCGACAGUGCAUUUGACCGCCGAUGA